GUGGUCCCGGCAGCAGCGGCAACCACAGCUUCGUCUGCCUCAGCGUCAGCGGAGACACCGGAGCGCUGGGGACCGCCGGGCUGCGGGCGUCAGCCAGGCCGACAGGAUGUGUCGAAAAAUCGGUCUUCUCAUUCUGCUUGUGGUCGCUUGCCAAAACGGUCCCAAGCUAACUGAAGGACAUCAAUCAUGGGCAGCUACCGAAAGUCAUGACUUAACGGCUCUCGAAUCUGAGCUUACUACAGCCUCUCACCUAAAACCAGAAACUGGAACAUGCAAGAAUGAAGCUGCGAAACAAGAAAUAAUAAAAGAUGAAACAUUGGUUAAUUCCCAUGCAGAGCCUGAGCAGAGUGCGACCAGACAAGGUCAUUCCGAGGAGCGGCUUUUGGACGCAAGGAGGGCUGACAACAGGCGGUCUGAUGAACGACGGGCCGACAACCGGCGUUCCGUGGAGCGACGGGCUGACAACAGACGUUCUGAGGAGCGACGGCUGGACGAACGGCGUGUUGAAAGCAGGCAGUCUGAGGAACAACGUUUGGAAGCAAGGCGGGCUGACAACAAAGUUUCUGAGGAGCGACGGCUCGGCACAAGGCGGGCCGACAACAGGCGUUCUGAGGAGCGACGGCUGGACGCAAGGCGAGCCGACAACAGGCGUUCUGAAGAGCGACGGGCGGACAAUAGACGCUCUGAGGAGCAACGUUUGGACGCAAGGCGGGAUGUCAACAGGCGUUCUGAGGAACAACGUUUGGAGGCAAGGCGGGCUGACAACAGACGCUCUGGGGAGCGACGCCUAGACGCUACGCGGGAAGACAACAGGCGUUCUGCGGAGCGACGGCUGGACGCCAGGCGGGCCGACAACAGGCGAUCUGAGGAGCGACGGGUUGAGGUACGGCGGAAUGACAACAGACGUUCUGAGGAGCAACGUUUGGACGCAAGGCGGACUGACAACCGGCGUUCUGAGGAGCGACGAGUUGAGAUGCGGCGGGUCGACAACAGGCGCCUUGAGGAACAACGUUUAGACGCUAGGCGAGUUGACAGCAGGCGCUCUGAGGAACAACGUUUGGAUGCAAGGCGGGCUGACAACAGGCGUUCUGAGGAGCGACGGCUGGACGCCAGGCGGGCCGACAACAGGCGUUCUGAAGAGCGACGGGUUGAGGUACGGCGGAAUGACAACAGACGUUCUGAGGAGCAACGUUUGGACGCAAGGCGGGCUGACAACCGGCGUUCUGAGGAGCGACGAGUUGAGAUGCGGCGGGUCGACAACAGGCGAUCUGAAGAGCGACGGGUUGAGGUACGGCGGAAUGACAACAGACGUUCUGAGGAGCAACGUUUGGACGCAAGGCGGGCUGACAACCGGCGUUCUGAGGAGCGACGAGUUGAGAUGCGGCGGGUCGACAACAGGCGCCUUGAGGAACAACGUUUAGACGCUAGGCGAGUUGACAGCAGGCGCUCUGAGGAACAACGCUUGGAUGCAAGGCGGACUGACAACAGGCGUUCUGAGGAGCGACGGCUGGACGCCAGGCGGGCCGACAACAGGCGAUCUGAAGAGCGACGGGUUGAGGCACAGCGGGAUGACAACAGACGUUCUGAGGAGCGACUUCUAGACGCAAGGCGGUCUGAGGAGCAACGUUUGGACGCAAGGCGGGCUGACAACCGGCGUUCUGAGGAGCGACGAGUUGAGAUACGGCGAGUCGACAGCAGGCGCCUUGAGGAACAACGUUUAGACGCAAGGCGAGCUGACAACCGGCGUUCUGAGGAGCGACGAGUUGAGAUGCGGCGGGUCGACAACAGGCGCCUUGAGGAACAACGUUUAGACGCUAGGCGAGUUGACAGCAGGCGCUCUGAGGAACAGCGCUUGGAUGCAAGGCGGGCUGACAACAGGCGUUCUGAGGAGCGACGGCUGGACGCCAGGCGGGCCGACAACAGGCGAUCUGAAGAGCGACGGGUUGAGGCACAGCGGGAUGACAACAGACGUUCUGAGGAGCGACGUCUAGACGCAAGGCGGGCUGACAACAGGCGCUCUGAAGAGCGACGGGAUGAGGCACGGCGGGCUGACAACAGGCUUUCUGAGGAGCGACGGCUGGACGCAAGGUGGGCCGACAACAGGCGUUCUGAAGAGCGACGGCUGGACGCAAGGAAGACCGAAAACAUGCGUUCUGAGGAGCGACGGGGUGAGGCACGGCGGGUUGACAACCACCGGUCUGAAGAGCAGCGUGUGAACGCAAGGCGGGUAUACAGCAUGCGUUCUGAGGAGCGACGGGCGGACAACAGGCGUUCUGAGGAGCAACGGCUGGACGCAAGGCGGGCUGAUAACAGGCGCUCUGAAGAGCGACGGGUUCAGGCACGGCGGGCUGACAACAGGCGUUCUGAGGAGCGACGGCUGAACGCAAGGCGAGUUGACAACAGACGUUCUGAAGAGCGACUGGCUGAGGCGCGGCGGGUUGACAAUAGGCCCUAUGAGGCACAGCGUUUGGACGCAAGGCAGGCUGACAACAGGCGUUCUGAGGAUCGUCGGGCUGCGGCACAGCGGGUUGACAGCAGGCGCCCUGAAGAACAACGCCUGGAGGCAAGGCGGGCUGACAACAGGCGUUCUGAGGAGCGACGGCUGGACGCAAGACGGGUUGACAACAGACGUUCUGAGGAGCGACCUGUUGAGGCACGGCGUUCUGAGAACCGAGGGGUUGAAAACAGGCGUUUUUCUGAGGAGCGGCGGGUUGACAAUAGGCCGUCUAAGGAACAACAUCUAGCCGCAAGGUGGGCUGACAACAGACGUUCUGGGGAGCGACGUUUGGACGCAAGGCGGUUCAACAAUGGGCGCUCUAAGGAACUGCGUCUUGACGCAAGGCAGGUGGAUAGCAGGCGUCCUGAGGAGCGGCGCGUUGACAACAGACGGUCAGAGGAACCACGUUUGGACGCAAGGCGAUUCAACAACAGACAUUCUGAGGAGCGAAGGGUUGAGGCACGACGGGUUGACAAUCGCCGUUCUGAAGAGAAGCGUUUGGACGCAAGGCGGGUCGACAACAGGCGUUCUGAGGGACAAAUGAUUGACAACAGGCGUACUGAAGAACAACGCUUGAAUGCACGGCGGGCUGACCACAGACGUUCUGAGGAGAGACGUGUUGAGAACAGACGCUCUGAAGAGCGACGUCUAGACGCAAGGCGGGUUGACAGCAGUCGUUCUGAGGAACAACGCUUGGACGCGAGGAGGGCUGACAACAGGCGAUCUGAGGAACGACGAUUGGACGCAAGGCGGGCUGACAACAGGCGUUCUGAGGAACGACGACAGGACGCAAGGCGGGCUGACAACAGGCCCUCUGAGGAACAGCGUUUGGACGCGAGGCAUCCUGACAAUAGUCGUUCUGAGAAACGACAUCUGGACGCAAGGCGGGAUGAUAACAGGCGCUCUGAGGUUCAGCGUUUGGAUGCAAGGCGGGCUGACAACAGGCGUUCUGAGGAGAGACGGGCCGACAACAGGCGUUCUGAGGAGCAACGGCUGGACGCAAGGCGGGCUGAUAACAGGCGUUCUGAGGAGCGACGUGUUGAGGCACGGCGGGCUGACAACAGGCGUUCUGAGGAGCGACGGCUAAACGCCAGGCGGGCCGACAACAGGCAUUCUGAAGAACGGCGGUUGGAAACCAAGCGAGCUUAUGAAGGAGUUCGGCAGAGUUCGGUGGUUAAAAUGCGCUUAUCUGAAGUACCUGAUCAUGAUCUUAUUGCGGAGGCCAGAAAUACCCUUCAAGGUAAUAGUGUAGACACAGUUGACCCACAGGAUUCAUCCCGCUCAUAUGGACUUCUAAAUAUCUUCUGGAGCUCAAAAACUUCAGAAAACCUGGCUCCCUUCUCGUCCAGCGUAGAAAAACUGGUGAACACAAUCAAGGUGAGGAGACCAGCUCAGAAGCCGAAAUACAGCAGCACGCCGCUCUACACCAAGCCACCCGGCAGCGCUGCCCUGGGCACCUCGUUCUGGACCGGGGUCGUUGGCCUGGCCCUCUGGACACUCCGCCCGCAGACCAAAGUCCUCUAGACGACCGGUCGGGCGCCACUGUUACUCGCCGAUUCUUUUCGGUGCACCAAAGCCGCAUUUGACCGCUUCGGGUGCACUGUUGUUGAUUGUUUGCAAUUCGUUAUUGAAAUUUGAAUGUGAAAUACAUGUAGGUGAAGCAUA